AUGGAUGAAUAUGCAAAAGAAAUCAAGCCACUGAAGGAUGAAGUGCGAUUAAUACUAAUGGAUAAUUCUACCGAUCUGCCCCAGAAGAUGCGUUUGAUUGAUGUUGUGGAACGUUUAGGGUUUCCCUAUUACUUUGAGAAUGAAAUCAAAGAAUUAUUAAAAAAGUUUUAUACACAACUUAAGAAAAGUAAUUUUGUUAUGGCCUAUGAUUUAUCUGAUACUGCAUCGUUUUUUCGAAUUUUCAGGCAACAUGGAUAUAGUAUGCCUUGUGAUGUAUUCUACAAGUUUACAAAUAAUAAAGGCAAGUUUAAAGAAUCAUCAAGGAGCGAUGAAAGGGGCAUGCUAAGCUUGUAUGAGGCUGCCCAUUUAAGGAUACAUGAUGAACACAUUCUUGAGGAAGCCCUUACUUUCACCACCGAUUUUCUUAACUCCAUUUCAACAUUCUCUGAGCAAGCUCGCCUCGCAUUGAAGCAGCCCUUGCACCGUGGAAAUCAAAGGUUACAAUCACAACGAUUCAUUAACUUUUACGAGCAAGAUUUUGAGUCUUGCGAUGAAAAGCUUCUUCAACUCGCAAAGCUUGAAUUCAACCGGUUGCAGUUGUUACAUUGCCAAGAGUUGAGCCAAAUCAAGGAGUGGUGUACAAACUUAGAUUUAGCAAGAAAAUUUCCUUACAUAAGGCAGAGAUAUGUUGAAUCUCACUACAUGUCAACUAUUGUGUAUUAUGAACCUCAAUAUUCUUUUGCUAGAGUAUUAUUCGCCAAAUUUUAUGUUCUUCUCGGAGUAUUGGAUGACACAUAUGAUGCAUAUGGAACUUUUGAGGAACUCGAGGGUCUCACCGAUGCAUUCGAAAGGUGGGACUUGAAUUCAAUAGAAAAGUUUUCGCAAGAUUAUAUGAAUAACAUGUACGAGUUUGUCAUUAAUACUUUGGACGAUGUUGCCAAGGAGAUGACUAGCAUCGGAAAGCCAUAUGCGAUUUAUUUCGCAAAAGAACACGUGCAAAGAUUGAUAAGAAACUACUAUACUGAGAUCAAAUGGAUGAAAUCAAGGUAUGUGCCAACAUUUGAGGAAUACAUGUUUAACGGGAGAAAUACGUGUUGUAUGCAAAUACUCGGUACUCUUUCCUUGAUGGGUAUGGAAGAGGUCACGGAAACAAAACCAUAUAUACAGUUACUGCAAUAUAACAAGGUGACCAUAGCUUCCUCAAACAUUGGCCGAGUCAUGGAUGACAUGGCAACCGGCGAGGCAGAGCUUGCUAGAGGUGUGCGCCUAGCGACAAGUGUGGAAUGUUACAUGAAGGAUUAUAACAUGAGUAAGGAAGAAGUGUUACAAAUAUUCCAGAAAAUUAUUGAUGAUGCAUGGAAGGAUCUCGUAAAUGAGGGGUUGCUAAUCAACCAAUGCCGUAACGACGACGACUAUGAUCACUUGUCCAAGCCUGUCUAUGAUCGAAUACUUAACCUUGCUCGUGCAGCGGAGUCUUUCUACAAGUUUGGAGAUGGCCUCACUUUUGUUAAAACCACAAUCAAACAAGAUAUCGUCUCAACCUACGUUCCAUAA